GAUUUUGGAUUAUUAUUAUUAUUAUUAUUAUUGCAUCCAAGCGGUCGUGCCUGUUCGCUGGUUUUUUUUCCCCUUCGCCAAUGCUUUCUUUUCGAUUGGUUGGAGGGCUAAAGAUCGGAAGUAGUUUAUUUAUGCUAAUGAAGGAGUUGGGGGUUGUAGAUAUUUACGUUCAGCGGGAGCCGCCCUUCAUUCACCCACAUGGUUCAAGGCAGGUCGCGUUCGCGCCACUUUUGCAAUUUCACUACGAUUAAGAAAGUCGUUUUAGCAGAAGUUUCACUUUGCUUUGGAUGCGCGCCGCGUGCGUUACGUUCGACCGCGGUCUACUUUUAAGUUUACGCACCAGUUUCGCAGAUUUGUCCAGAGCAGUGGCAGUAAACGGCAAGUGAGUGAAGAUGGUGGAUUUCACUGGUGAGUGUCUUACUGUGCGUUAUUGACUAGGAACCUGUUGUUACAUUUUUCUGGCUUAGUCUCACAAACUCAACCGCGUUUUCCCGCUUAAACACAUAAGAGGUGAUUUCCGCGCAGGAUUGUGUAACUCUGUUAUUGCAAGCGACAACGAUGGUGAUACAAACAAUGUAGUAAGUGGCGCAUGGUAGUCCUCUCCACCUCCAUACUUGGGGAGAAUGUGGGAGAUUUGAAAAGCAUGCUUGCUGCAAUGCAACUACCAACUCUUUUAUUUCACCGCACGCCUGCGCAGUACGCUUAAUUUCGCAUCGUAAAUACGCGUUCGCGUAGUCAAAUGCGAAUUAAGUUGUUUUUAGACUUCUAGAGUGAUGUUUUCUCGUUCUGUAGAGCGUGCGAGUUAAAGUGCCUCCAGAACAAAGCAGCAGCACAUGGGGGGACGCGUAGGCCGCGCGCGCACAGGCUAGCUUAGCAACGGCGCGCUGGACAAAAACAUCCCCCCUUUUUGCUAUCACUUUCUGCUUUAGGUUUUUAAGGAUACAUGUGGAGAGGUGUUAAAAUUAUUAAAGUGAAUUAGCCACACAAUGAGCUUGUUGGUUUUUAUCGACUUCUUUUAAUGGGGAAUGGAUUGAGCUAGCAGGACUAGUCAUUGUAGUUUAACUAUUAACUGACUAGUUUCUCUCAGGAAACGCUUCGUGUAAAUACUAUGAGCGCCUUAUUCGUUGACGUUAAGACAUUUAGUUGUUUUUGUAUUCUGAGUGCACGUUUAAGCCACAAUCCAAGCCAGUUAGCUUAGCAUUAGCAGCUAUCCCUGUCCUCAACAUCGGCUGAACGCUAAAGCAACAACCCGCCACUUUAUUUCCCAGACCUGUUUUGUCGCUUCUACCUGUUUGACAAAGUGAACAUAUUAAUUGUUGUCUACUAUAGUAGUUUUUUAAGCGAAGACUGAUCCGGUUGGUAAACUCAACGGCGCCAUGUUAGUGCAGUUUGUUUUAGGUGGGGGGAGGGGUGACCGGGGAGCGCCUCAGUGCGCAUGCGCUACACAGACCCACGGCGCGGUCCGCAGGCUGCGCAAUUCAUUCACCCGCUCAGCUCUAGUUCUCAUAACUUGGAGAUUGGUAGUGAAAUGCACCUUUAAAACGGAGAGAGCGAAGUAGAAACCUCAAGAAAGAUGGGAGUAGUUUCCCGCAAGUUCUUUGGAGGCUUUCGUCCAUUGGACUUUGUUGAUGGUGUGGACAUGGUUGGAGUCAAUGUAUUGUCAAAGUGCUUACAGUGCAGGUAGUAUUAUGGAAUAUCUACUGCAGUGGAGGCACUUCUAGCAAUAUACUUGGCAAUUGCCUUUUCCCUCCGCCAAACAUCCUUCACCAAGACACCAUACUAACGGCUUUGUGCUAAGGUGCAUCUAGUGCAGAUAGUGAAGUAGACUAGCACCUACUGCCCUAAGUGCUCCUUCUGGCACGAGGGACUGUGACUUUCAUCCUUGUAUGCGAAUGAAGUCAUUUUUUUUUCUUCCUUUUCUUUUGGUGCAGUUCUCUGCUAGUUUUGCAUAGUUGCACUACAAGAAAACAGGAGUUGUGCAAAUCUAUGCAAAACUGAUGGUGGCCUGCUGCUUCUCCACGUUUCCCAAAUUUUGGUGUGAAAUCUGAAAGGAGUUGCCCCCCCAUUCUUUUAAAUAAAACCUGGCAUUGUGUUAGAGUUUCAGCAGUGCUAAAGUGCUUAUAGUGCAGGUAGUAUUUCUAUAAUCUACUGCAGUGUGAGCACUUGAAGUACUUCUAGCUAAAUGCAUCUGGGAUCUAAAGACUUCUGCGAACACUCCUGGGUCUCUGUACGCUGUGUAGCCUUGCUGGACCCCAGUCAGUUUUGCUGGUUUGCAUUCAGCUUAAGACAGUGUGCUGUGCAAAUCCAUGCAAAACUGACAGUGGCAGCACAUCCAAGAACCUCUUUUGGAGCGGUUUGGUCCCUUUCUGCACAGGUUGGGAUUGGUAGCAAUGCUGUGUGUUUGGAAGGUAUUGCACUUGUCCCGGCCUGUAGAGGAUUGUGGAGAUUGUACCCCACAAGUAGGUUUUUUUUUUAAGUUCCCCAGAAUCCCCAUUCUUUUUCAUAAAUGCAAUUGUAUUGUUAUGGUGUGUUUUUUUUUUUUUUUUUUUUUUUUUAAUAUGAAUGAGAUUGAAUAUUCAUGAGGUUUGCUAUUAUUAUUUUUUUUAAAUGCAUCAAAUGGUAUGUAUUUAAAUGAAAGAAUUGUCAAUAAAAGAUUAAGAUAUGCAUUGUCUUACUGUGUUUCUGAAUUCUAUCAUAUCUUAUCUAACACUAGUCACUUACCGCAUGUGAGACAUACAGGUGUAACUUGGGGCUGAUAACUUUUAACCUCAAUGCUUUAUGUGGUGCGAUUGGUAUCAGCUUGGAUAUUGUUUUCUGGGGUGCAAGAGUUUGAUGUUGUUCUUAAAGAGGUGACCUUUUGUUUAUUUUGUACCAAUUCCAUGGAUCCAGACCGUUUUACUGGAUCAACAUGAGCAGACAAAUUCAGCACUGUCUAUCAAGCUGUUCAUUUGCUUUGUUAAAUACAAUUAUUAAAAUGCAGAGCAAGUUGUGAACCUGCUUAAUGCAGAGGGGUGGUCUUAAAAUAAAUAUAACAAAAGGAGUAAAUAUUUUAGCCUUAUUUUAUAAAUAUUUAAUUUGUAUUGAUCAUUGUACAUGUGCUAUGAGAUGAGAAGAAAACUCCCUCUAAAUCCGCAGUAACAAUUCUAUUGUGCAUUUUCAGCUGAAGUUCUUUCUAAUGAAACAUUACCAUGGUGUCCAGCUACUGUUCAGAAGAAUGUAGGGAGGUUUUCUGUAACCCACUGUAAAGAUGAACAAGUUUCCUUUUGAAUAAAACAAGUUCUCUCAAUGUUUAAAAUUUAAAAUGCAUUUUAGGUUUAUAAGGGAAUGCAGCAGACCUAUGAGUAUCCAAAACCUUUAGUUUAAAUUCUGAUCAGUUUGUGUCGUCAAUGCGUUUUAAUGCUCUCUGCAAUAUUACAGAUACUAAUCAAAAUGGAAUGAACUGUGAGGUUAUGGUUGUUUACCACUUAUGGUUAUAGUCAUUUAGGAAGUAUGACCACGUGAAUAGCUGUUUUAUAAUUUAUUUUUGUCCAGACAAAUUAUUACUAUUAUUAUAUUAACUAGAUGCCAAAGUCAAGCUCGAGUUAAUUGAACUCGAGAGUUGAGAUGUCUGUAGUUUCAGUAUUUGUCCAAUAGAUGGGUCUAUUGCAACCCUUUUGAGAGACUGCUCGCACUUCUCUGGAAGUUUUUCUUCUUACUAGCACGCAAUUUGAUUAGACUUUUCAGUUACAGCCCUCAAAAAAUCACUAGCAUUACCGUGUAAGGUCUAAAACAUUUUUACAUAGAAAGCCAAUAUAUACAAUAGACAGGUUUGGGCAUCAACUUUAAUUAAAAAAAAAAGUAUUUUGGGGGGCGAUUCUAGCUCGGUAACAGUGUUGUAGUCGUAAAACACAUAACUAAACAAUGACAGUAUGUUGGUAUAUCAUCCAAACGGGACUCGAGGAGCUGUUGCUAUGGUUACAAGCAAACGCGAUUUCUGUUUGCGCGCGUAUACGUUUAGCGCACUCUAUAUGUAACGUAUAGUAAAAUAAUGUAUCUGACUCAUCUCAGAAGUAUUUUAACCUUUAAGACUCCCAGAGUUUCAUGGUACAAAACGCGCCAAUUAUUCGGAAAAUGUUGACACGCGACAAAACUAGGUAAAAGCUCUCGAAACUGUAGUAUUGUUGCCCGCUUCGUUAGUGUAGAUAGUGUGUUGAAGGGCAGCGGCACUGCUUUUGCAGUCUGACUUACUACACUAAUGAUUCCGCCCAUCCUCUCUUGACAGCUCCGUCUUUCACUAACACACUCUUUGAACACUUUUUUUUUUUGAAGGUCCUGCGUGAAAGCCUUUCCAGGCGCGUGACAGGCACAAUAUCUCGCAAAUGUUUUUCUUCACCUAAAUCUGCGCUGUUUUCAUCAAGCAAGUUUUCUGACACCUAAACAACGCCCGCGUUUCUAGUAACGUACUUUACUCGAACGGACAAACUCUCCUGGUCAGCUUCUGGAGAUGGGGAUGCGUGGAGUUUUGUUCUACGCGUUUUUAGCGGUUUUCAUCGAUCCAUGUCGGGGGACUUUAAUGAACUGCGAGGAAGUGCGCAAAGUUUUCCAAAUGAAGGAAAUCGGACCAGUAAAAUCAAUACCUGAAACACCGAGAACAGGUUCAGACCUCCAGGUUUGUUUGUCAAAGAAUCUAACGUGCUGCACCAAGAAGAUGGAGGAGCGUUACCAGGUGGCGGCGCGACGGGACAUCCAGAACCUUCUCCAAAUGUCCAGCUCUAGUCUGAAGUUCCUCAUCUCACGCAAUGUGGCUGCUUUUCAAGAAACCGUGGACUCCCUGGUCCAUCAGGCGGAGAACCACACUCAUGCCGUCCUUCUGCAGACAUACCGUGACCUGGCCAGUCCCGCGGCGGCUCCGAUCGGGGAAUUUUUCACAGACGUUGCUCUCUUUGUCUUGGGCUCCGAGCUCAGUCUGGAAGAAGCUUCACACCGCUUUUUCAACGCCCUUUUCCCCCUGGUUUACGAGCGGCUGGUGGAGCCGGGUCUCUCCCGCUUGUCUUUACCAUACGCGGAGUGUGUCCGCGCGGCCUGUCGGGAUCUGGCGCCAUAUGGUGGAGCCCCAAGCCGCCUCGCCGCGCACAUCUCCCGUGCCUCACUGCCUGGCCGGGUGUUUCUCCAGGCGCUACACUUGGGCGUCGAGGUCAUCAAUACGACCGACCACAUUCAGCUCAGCCGUGAGUGUAGACGUGGGCUGCUGAGGAUGAGCUACUGCCCGCACUGUCAGGGUCUGACCGCCAGCAAGCCCUGCAUGGGCUACUGCCUCAACGUGGUGCGAGGGUGUCUCGCCAGCCUGGCCGAAGUGGAUGCCCAUUGGAGGGAGUUUGUGCGAUCGUUAGAGAUGCUCUCCACCCGCAUGCAUGGAGCACAGGACCUGGAGCAAGUGCUUCUGGGAGUUCACGAGCUGGUGAGGGAUGCGGUGGCCCACGCGCAGAUGAAUGCACCGCGACUUUCUGCUCAGGUGCACAGGGUGUGCGGUCACCCCAGCAGACAGCCGGAGCAGGUGAGCAGCGUUCAGCAUGGUGGCGCCGGCCAAGACUCUCUUCCUUUGAAAGGAAUGGUCAGAGACGCAGAGGACACGCUCAGCAACAGGAGGAAAGAGUUCAUCAGCAGUCUGCGUCUACACCGCGCCUUCUACGGCGGCCUGGCCGACCAGCUGUGUGUGAGCGAGUUGGCCUCUGGAGACGGACUGGCCUGCUGGAACGGGGCUGAUGUGGGCAAAAGCUACACUCUUCGAGUGGUUGGCAAUGGGAUUAAAGCCCAGGCUGAAAACCCAGAAGUCAAAGUAAAGGAGGCCGACCCGGUGAUCAGUCAAGUCAUUGAUAAACUGAAGCACGUCAAUCAGCUGUUGCAGGGCAAGUCAAUACCAAAGCUUGGCACCCUGGACCAAAUCGAGACAGGAAGUGGAGACGGAUACAGUGGAGAGUGUGACGACGAGGAUGGAUGCUGGGGAUCAGGGAAUGGAGCGGCCAAGAGGAGAAGAAUAGUCACUAUAUUGACAUCAGAAAAUAGCAACAAUCACCGAUACCAUCACCCACAAACCAAAGACUUUGAUCAGAUGAAUUCUGGCACGAGAGGAACACAAACCGUCCUGCUGGUUCUGGUCUCGAUAUGUGCGUUUGCUCUGUUGUCAGGGUAACGGCAGCCAACUGGGUCUGAACCCCAGCCUCAAGACUGCUUUUCACACUGUUUCGUAGAAAGAAAAGAAAACGUGCCAGCUUUUAAAAUGUCGAGGGUGAAAUUCCAGCGAGGAGAUGUUCUCGAAUGGAAACGGAUCGUAAAAAUUGAUGCAUUGAGAACUGAGGAUGAACUGAGAGUGAAAAAAAAGAAACAAAUCUGUCCUUUUAUCAUAACCUUUUUAAUCGUAAGUGUUUCUAUCAUAAACAUAACAGGCUACUAAACAUUCUGCCGACACUUUACUGCCUUGAAAAAUGUCUUUUCUACAGGGUUCAGACUAACACUUUUAGAGAGAAAUUACUUAAUUAAAUUCUUUACUGAUGUAUAUUCAUAACAUAGUUGUGAGCUGAAAUGAGCACUGCACAUAUCAGCAUUUUUUUAUAGGAAUGAUGCAAUAUUUCUGAUGUCACGUACUGCUUUUUGAAUAUGUCUUGGUACCAUGUACCUAAAUGACCUCUUUUUUUCAGCAUUUUUAAAUGUACUGUACUUUUUCUUUUCAUCUGAAAUGGCAUACGACGCACCUUAAAAUGUAUAAAGAUGUGUUGAUUUAAAUGUAUUUAUUCUUGGUUACAGAGUGACAUUAAACAGAUAAUGAAACUAAA